UUGGCUGAGCUCUCUGGCCUGGGAGGGCGGGGGCGUGGCUGGGCCGGCGAGAGGGCGUGGCCGGCGCCGAGAGGCGGGGUCUGACCGAGGCCGCGGGGCAGCAACGUCGCUGGGCAGCGGAGCGGCGGCCGUGCCAUGUGGCUGCUGGGACCGCUGUGCCUGCUGCUGAGCAGCACCGCGGACAGCCAGCUGCUCCCUGGGAACAACUUCACCACCGAGUGUAACAUCCCAGGUAACUUCAUGUGCAGCAAUGGGCGGUGCAUCCCAGGCGCCUGGCAGUGUGAUGGGCUGCCUGACUGCUUCGACAAGAGUGACGAGAAGGAAUGCCCCAAAGCAAAAUCGAAAUGUGGCCCAACCUUCUUCCCCUGUGCCAGCGGCAUCCACUGUAUCAUCGGCCGCUUCCGCUGCAAUGGGUUUGAGGACUGUCCUGACGGCAGCGACGAGGAGAACUGCACUGCCAACCCCCUGCUUUGCUCCACGGCCCGCUACCACUGCCGGAACGGCCUGUGCAUCGACAAGAGCUUCAUCUGCGAUGGUCAGAAUAACUGUCAAGACAACAGUGACGAGGAGAGCUGCGAGAGUUCUCUAGAACCAGGCAGCGGGCAGGUAUUUGUGACCUCGGAGAACCAGCUUGUGUACUACCCCAGUAUCACAUACGCCAUCAUCGGCAGCUCUGUCAUCUUCGUGUUGGUGGUGGCCCUGCUUGCACUCGUCCUGCAUCAUCAGCGAAAGCGAAACAACCUCAUGACCCUCCCUGUGCACCGGCUGCAGCAUCCUGUGCUGCUCUCUCGCCUGGUGGUCCUGGACCACCCUCACCACUGCAACGUCACCUACAAUGUCAAUAAUGGUGUUCAGUAUGUGGCUACCCAGGCCGAACAAAAUGCCUCAGAAGUAGGCUCUCCACCCUCCUAUUCAGAGGCCCUGCUGGACCAAAGACCUGCGUGGUAUGACCUUCCUCCACCACCCUAUUCAUCCGACACCGAAUCUCUGAACCAAGCUGACCUGCCUCCUUACCGCUCCCGGUCAGGAAGCGCCUACAGUGCCAGCUCCCAGGCAGCCAGCAGCCUCCUGAGUGUGGAAGCCAGCAGCCACAACCCAGAGCAGCCUGGCUCUCCAGACGGCUCUGCUGAGCCCAGAGACUCUGUGCCUAGUCAGGGCACUGAAGAAGUAUAGAAUCCAGCGAUUCCAAAGUCCAUAUGGGUAGAUCCUCUCCAACUUGUUGAAUUCUAUCAGACUGUGCUCAUGGGACACUCUCUGAGCUCCUUUUGAGGAUGUCUCUAGUUGAAAUUUUGGGGUGCUGACUACACCUUCUCCUCCAGAUUUCCGGGAUGUUCUCUGGAAUGACCUGACACUCCUCCAGCCACUUAGUUCACAGGAUGCAUUGCUGUCUUUCUCUGCACAGUCACUGUUCCUUCAGGGCUUGUGAUUGACACACUCCUGCUUCAGAUGACUGUGCUACUGUUGGUCUAUCCCAGUAGUCUUAUGACUGGGCAGGCAGCAGGGUGAAGCCAUGUGUGUAAAUAGUCUUUGGCAGGGUUCUAGGACCAUGUCACACAUUCAGGAGGUCAGAAAACAUCAGACCAGAGUCUCUACUGAGCUGCCAACUUAUAGAUACAUUUAGAGACUUAGUUUGGAGGAUUCUUACAAAAAGGCUGAUAUUGGCCACUCCAAAAAGUUCUCCAGGAGAACAUCAAAUCCUGCUUUGUACCCUCCUGUGCAUCGAUCUUACUCCAGCAGAGGCCAAAGAAAAACUCCGGCAUGAGCAACAGCUUUCAACUCUCCAAACUCUAGUUUGGUCUUAUGAAAGACUCAGAAACCUCUACCCCGGCCUUACAGAUUUGCCUGAGAAUCCUCAUCUUGAGAUCUUUCUAGAAGGGCAGACCCUCAGCAUCGUCCUUGAAUAAGUAGGAAAGCCCUGUCCUGAGUUCUUAGCUCCUAAUGUGUAGGUUACCAGCGUCUGCUCCUAGCUUGGCCCCAUCAUCCUCUUCCUGCCUUCUGGAUUGUCCUCUUCCAAGAUGACCUGCCAUAGCUAAGGGUAAGGACCCAAGUUCAGCUGGUCAAAAUUCUGAUCUAAGCGUUUGCCCCAGGAAAACAGACCCAGUCUGGCAUGUUCAUCCAUGCAACUUCCUUGAUGGGCUCCUACCUUCCAUGAACACUUGGGAGCCUGUUGUCCAUGUGCAUUUGGACGUAAGGACACAAGUUUUUUUCUAACUUACAUGAGAACCACAUUCAAUUCCACUCAUGAGAACUCUCAGGUCCCUGUACUACACACACAACCCCCGGGACAGUGCACCAAGUCAGGAUUAGGGUUAGAGUGAGGGUCAGGCCUGGCCAGACAUCUGGCAGUUUCUCCUGAGAGAAGUGGGCAACAGAUAACUUGGAGUCAAGAUUUCCCAUUGGAUUUUUUUUUAAAGUCUCUUAGAAAUGCAUUUGAAACAGUGUGUUUGUCUUUUCCCUUCUAGUUAAGGGACUAUUUAUAUGUGUAUAGGAAAGCUAUCUCUUUGCUUUUCUUGUUUCUCUUUCAGUGAGGUCCAAAGAAAGAUGCAAAAAGAACUGCUGCCUUUCCCCAGCCCAUCCCAUAAUGUCACCUCAGACUCACAUGCAUGCCGAGCAUCUUCACUGGGGCAUCGUGGAGUCAUUAUUUAUUGAGUUACUGAGACACGCAGAGACAAGUCCUCCAUCCACUGUAUGUUUGGAUUACCUUUCUCUUUCUCGAUGCCCAGCCAGCCCUAGUGCAUGCCACCACCACGCACCCCCGCCAACCAGGCAAUAAUGGGUAAACUAUACUAACUAGGGACAAAACUGGAACCAGGUGGUGCCACCUCAGGCAGCUGCCACCCAUUCAAAGCAUUUUUCCACAGCUAAGGAAAGUUUCAAUAACCUGUUCGUUGCUAAUUAAAAGGGAGCCUGCGGGGAGCAGGGAUCAAGUGGCCUUCAAUGAUGCUGUACUGGCUUCCUUUUUAACCAAAUCCAAAGUAGACUGCAGCAAAGGUAACUAACUGGCCGCUUGGGGUUUGGUUUGGUUUUGGUUUUGUGUAAAUAAGCCUAGAUGUUUGCUUCUUUCAUUUUUAAAAUAGAAAUUGAGUUGUUUUGUGUGUGUGCGUGUGUGUAACCCAAUGAAGAAAGAACCUGGGUGGCAGACAGCUUUUCUGGCUGCCUAUCUCAUCCCCGUGAGUCAGCGUCACUCUUCCCUUCCUUUGGUAGGUCCCCGCUUCUCUUUGGUGCUCUGAAUCGUCUGGAGGAAAGGAUUCUAAUUUUAAUUAAUUGUGCAGUGAGCUAAUCUCAGGAGCUUUUCUGCUUCAAGGCAUUUUAAGAAAAACAAAUGGUUUUAGUAGAUAAGGAGAGCCUAUUAAUGUUGGAGUUUUGUUUUGUUUCCAAACAAACACAGGAACAUUUUUUUACUAUAGAUUUGGUUUUUAAUGGAUUUUUAAAAUAAUAAUCAUAAAUAAGAUAGCAAAGCUCGGGGACAUGGGGUUUUUUCCCCCCUGAUUUUUUUUCAAGAUACCAAGUAAGUGGCUAGCAAUAUUUUUUUAAUUCAUUCCAGUAAGGAUUUUUUAAAUACUAUAUUGCCUAAUUUACACCAGCCAGAAAAAAUGUCUCUUCUCCAUUGUCUCUCCUCCUGUGAGAUCAACACUUCAUUUUUGACACUACACUAGAUUCACUGUGGUUGGAACUCACUGCCUAACUUAACUUCCUCUACCUUGUAAUUGAUGAUUGUUUUUGAAAUGCAGCUAAGAUAUUAAUAAAUAGUGUGUGAUAUUCAAAGUUAUAUAAACUGGAAGGUUGUAUGCGGUUGCUUCUUGGUUUUUUGUUUGUUUGUUUUUGUUUUUUGAAUUGGCCCUUUUUUAAAAAGAAAUUGAUAGUCUCAAAUAAACUUUCAGUUUCAUUCUUUC